UCACGGCUGAUGGAAAUAAUGGACAAUAUUUCACCAGAGGAUUUAAACGUAGUGUACAAUUAUAAUUGUAAUAAUCCAGAAAAUAACGAAACUAACGAAACAACAACUAUGCUUGUUGAAGAUCUACUUGCAACCUCGCUACAGUCAUUAUCUCAAGAGGAUUACUUAUCGACGCCUAGCAAGAACGUAUAUCUGUAUGACGAUAUGAUUGAAAUAAAUAAGAAAUCACUUAGUGAAUUACAAUUAAGGGAAGAAGAACAAGAAACUGGAUCUGAAAUAUUUGAUAAUGCAGUAAAAAUGGAAAUAGAGACUGAACAAGAAAAUUUUACUGAACAAGAAAAGGACGAAAUAUUUAAGCCUCCAACAAGUAAUACUCUGCCUAUGUUAUCUUGCGUAAAAAAUAAAAAUAAAGCAAAUAUCAAAACAAAAAAUCAAAAUACAAGAAGGAAAAAGAAAACGAAAGAAGAUAUAACAUCAAUUAAAGAUACAAUAAUUAAAAAAGUUAAAGCAGAGGAGCAAGAAGAUUGUGUAGAUGUUGAAACGAUAAUGAAACGAGAUGAAAUACCAAUAUUAGAAGCACACGAUGUAAAGAGUUUGUUCGAAAAAUUUGAGGCUUGCGAGAAUUCAAAUCCAUGCAAUAAAUUGACCGUUAAAAAUGAUCAUACAUAUGACACGAGACCAAAUAAAACAUGUCAAGUGAUUCAAGAGUGCAGAGCUAACAUAUCGGAAAAAUCCGUUUCUCAAGCUUCCAAUCAACAGUCCUCAAUCUCAUCUAAACAAAUAAUCAAUAAAACAAAGCUGUCAAAACGUAGAAAAACUAGUCCAAAAAUUGCUACGCUAAAUAUACAAAGUAAUAAACGUAAGAGUACACAAAUGCAAGACAGAGUUUCCUGUAACAAGAUUUUGAAGAUAGAUUCUACAGUAUCGAAUGAUGCUAAAAGAACAAUCAGUAGAACUUUGGUACAAUUGGAUCACGAUUAUUGUAAUAAUGACAACUUUCAACUUUUUUGUUCCACGAGCUACAAUAGCAACAAAACUACAAAAUAUACAUCUGUAAAAUCGAGUCAAAAUGAGAAUUGGGAUGAUUCUAAUCAACACGAAAGACAUCACAAGACUGAUAGUUCAAAUGAACAAUGCCAUCUGGAGUUGGUCAAUAUAUGUGACGGUAAUGGAAAACCAGCAGUCUUACAAAACGAAAUCAAAGAUAAUAGGCUCGAAAAUGAUCAUAAAGAUUGUCAAAAAGAGACUCCUCUAAAACAUUCUCACAACUUAAAUCAUCUUUCAUCUGUUAGAAAGAUAAAUAUUUCAGAGUCUCCAACCAUCGAACCUUUUCUCCAUUCUAUUCGUUCACCUUUAGCUAGAAAAAUCAUCCUGCGAUCACAGAAACAUAUAUUACCUAAAGCGAAUAGUAUACAAAUGACUCCUAAAACGCAAUAUAUUUCCGUAUUGAAGAAUCCACCAAAUGCAUCACAAUCACAGUUCUCAAUAAAUAAUCCUAAUAAAAAUAUGCCAACCAUUGUGAAUAAUGAAAUACAAAAUAUAAUUGGACAAAAUACUCAAAACACGCCUCCACAUGAAGAAGACAAGACAUCUCGUGUUAAAAUUAGUGUAUUAGAAUAUCGAAAAAGAAUACUGAACGAUAAGACUCGUAAUGACAAACCCAUGAUAAUGAAAGAACCAUCUCGAACUAUACUAGUGGAUAUUUAUCAUGUUUCAACUAUGAAAUUACCACUCAAGCCUGAUCAAGAAAUAAAGGAUACGUUUUACUGUCAGAGAGAAAUUAUGCCAUGUUGGAAAAAGGAAUCAGAUAUACAAGAAGAAAAAAAUAAGCCAAAACCACCUACUCGCAAUGUACAAACAGAAACGGAUGAAAAUAUUUUUGAAUAUUUAAAAUCAGUAGAUGUUGAGGAGGAAGAGAGAGAUGCGAAAAUUAUGGAGAGAAACGAAAAAAGGGAGGAAAGUACAAAAAAUAAAAAGGAGAAAUCCUGCGAAAAAGUCUCUGAUAGUUUGAGUCAAUCUAGAUCAAAAAGCAGAAGAUGUACGACAAGUGAAAGCAGUAGCAGCAGCAGAAGUAGAAGUAAGAGUAAAGACAGAAGAAGUAGAAGCAAAAGUCAAGAUCGAAGCAGAAGGAGAAGUAGGAGUAAGAGCAAGACAAGAAAUAGGAAUAGAAGCAGAAGUGUUUCUACAAGUACAAGCAAAAGCAGCAAAAACAAGAGUAGCAGUAGAAGUAGAAGUAGGAGUAGAUCUCGCGUAGAUCGACGUAACAGCCGACGAACAAUAAGUCAUCGCACGCGACGCAGUUCUGUCACUUCAACAAGCACUUGGUCAUCUCCCGCAUCUAUUUCAAUGAGAUCAAAACAUUCGUAUUCACGUUAUUCUAGCUCUCGAUCUAGAUCUCCCGAACGAUUUUAUUCUAAACGAUCAAGGUCUCCUUCGACUUCGAAUCUUCGAAGAAAGAAAGGAAUUAUGAUAAAUAUGACAGACGUGAAAGAAGUUAUGAUAAAUAUGAGAAACGUUCCUUAG